ACUUGAUCCGGUCACCGUGUUGCCCGUCGCCGCGUCACUGCGUCACGUGGCCGGCCAUGGCUGUGGCGGGUGCGGCCUUCGCACGGCCCUCGCCGUGUCGUGGGCUCACGUUGGCCUUGGCGGCCGCAGGCGUCAGCGCCUUCGUCCUCCCCGCGACCAUGGCGCCGGUUCCGGCCGGGGCGGCGCAGCUGGCGCCACCUUCAGCGCAUUCGGAGCUUGCGGAGGCUCAGCUGCUGGUGGCCUGGGAUGAGAUGAAUCUGCCCACCAAGCUGCUGACGCUGUUCUUCAUGGCCGCCUUCUUGGUAAACAUCGUGGCGCUGGUCACAGGCAAGACCAUCCCCCAGCUUCUGGGCCGGGACCGAAGGUGACGCGAAGCCGAAGAAUCGAAGGCGUACCUUUGGACGCCGUGGUGGAAGGGGGUCAACGCUCGAAGGCUGGAGGCGUGGAAGUGCGAGAAGGUGCCGCCCGCUGGAGGUGACCAUCGCGAGCAAGGUCUGAGUGCUCCCUGAGCCAAGGACUCUCAUGGAACCCCACUGGGGGCUAUGGGGGGGUGCCUAUCCCUGGAUA